CACGCGCUACUUAGCUUGUUUUAAAUGUUUUUAUAAAAUGAAGAUUUUCGCGCCGUUUCUGUUUUGUUUAUGGAGUCACUUUGUUACAGCGCGUGAAGACGAGAGGCUGCCCAACAAGUGUGAAGUGUGCAAGUUUCUGACCGUGGAGCUGCAGGAGGCUCUGCAGAGAACCGGGCGGUCCAACGAAGUCCUGGAGGUCGGAGAAGUGUUGGACACAGGCAAGAGAAGAAGAAAGAUCAAAUACAACACCUCGGAAACCAGGCUGACUGAGGUGCUGGACAACAUCUGUGAGCGCAUCCUGCAGUAUAAUGUUCACGCUGAGAGACCAGGCAGCCUCAGGUACUCCAAGGGAUCCAGUCAGACGAUGACGACGCUGAGGAAUCUGGUCAACAAAGGAGUGAAGGUGGACCUGGGCAUGCCGUACGAGCUGUGGGACGAACCGUCGGCGGAGGUGACAGACAUGAAGAAACAGUGUGAGACGAUGCUGGAGCAGUUUGAGGACGUGGUGGAGGACUGGUACUUCCACCAUCAGGAGCAGAGACUGGAGAACUUCCUCUGUGAGGACCACGUCCUUCAGACUUCAGAUCGAGAGUGUCUGCAGGAGGUGUGGAAAGGUGGCGUGGGUCAUCAAGAAGAAGCAGAUCAGGAGGGGGCCACGCACGACGCUGGAGAACUUUAAAAACAAACAAACAAACAAACAGAGCUGAAGACGACGCCCCCUCAGCUUAAACAGCAGACAGAAACUUUAUAUUUUAAUACUCAUGUUUACUUUAUUACAUGAACAAUCUGAACUAAUGUGACGCUUUGUACCUCAGAGGUCUG